AUGUCUGUCCAGCACCUGAAGCUGUCGUCGCACUCGGGCUUCGAGGCCGAUGCCACCGUCACGGAUGAUGGCCGAGUCGACAUUGCUAUCGACGAAACCGACCCUGGCAAGCUCGCUGCCUUGUUGGUAUCCAAGCCCCUGCCAGCCUCGUCCUCGUCCUCGCCAGCCGAUGCAGGCGGCACAAGUGAUCCGAAACUAGCGCGACUCAACAUCGUCAUCCAAGUCGUCGGCUCACGUGGUGAUGUCCAGCCGUUUGUCGCUCUCGGCCACGUCCUGCGGCGUACCUAUGGCCACCGUGUACGUCUAGUGACGCACUCGGUCUUCAAGGAGUUUGUCGAGGCUCCCGAAAGGGAUGGAGACGGCGACAGUGGCCGACUCGAGUUCUUUGACAUUGGCGGCGGCGACCCGGCCGAACUGAUGUCGUUUAUGGUGCAGAACGGAAAGACGGGACAGAAAGACAACGAUGAUGGAGGCGGAGGUCAAAACCACGGCGACGACGGCGACAACGGUGACGACGACAAAGACGGCGGCGGCGGUGGACUCAUCCCUCCGAUGGAGUCGUACACCAACGGCGAGAUCGCUGGGCGCCGUCGAUUUAUUGAGGCCGUGUUGCACGGCUGUUGGCGAUCGAUGGCCGACGACCAGGGCAAUGCCAGCGAUGGCAAGGUUAACAACAACGGUGGUAGCGAACACGGCGCUAAAGAUGUGCCGUUUGUGGCUGACGCCAUCAUCGCCAACCCGCCCAGUUUUGCGCACAUCCAUAUUGCCGAGAGUCUCGGUGUGCCGCUGCACAUCAUGUUCACCAUGCCAUGGACACCAACACGAUCGUUUCCACACCCACUGGCCAACCUCAAGUGCAUUUCGUCCGCAUCGUCUUUCCCGUCCACAGAUGUCUCCUCGUCUGUGUACGGAUUUGCCUCGUUUCUCUCCUAUACGAUUGUCGAAUGCCUGACGUGGCAAGGCCUUGGCGACAUUAUAAACCGCUUCCGCUCACGAAAUCUCGGCCUCGAACCUUUGUCGCCGCUCCUGGCAGUUGCGCCAUUUCACCAGGGCGGCCUGAUGGGCCGGCUACACGUACCAACGACCUACUGCUGGUCACCGUCUCUGCUGCCGAAGCCACCAGACUGGGGUGCAGAGAUUACAGUGGCCGGCUACUUCUUUUCAGCUGCCACAUCUGGCGGAGGAUAUACGCCCCAGCCUGAGCUUGCUGCAUUCCUAGCUGCUGGUAAACCGCCCAUUUACAUUGGCUUCGGCUCGAUUGUGGUGGACGACCCGGUCGGUCUGACAAAGACAGUUGUCGAUGCCGUUGGCCGACUCAAAGGCGCGCGGGCCAUUGUGUCCAAGGGCUGGGGUGGUCUGGGGGAAGGCGAUGCAUACAAAGGCAAGUCGAAAGACAUUUUUUUCUUGGAGAGUGACUGUCCACACGAGUGGCUGUUCCCACGAAUGGCCUGUGUGGUGCAUCAUGGUGGCGCCGGAACAACGGCUGCCGGCCUACGGUUCGGUGUGCCAUCCGUCGUUGUUCCCUUCUUUGGCGACCAGCCGUUCUGGGGCUCGCUGGUGGCUCAAGCUGGCGCAGGACCGGACCCUGUACCCUUCUCACGGCUGACAGCCGAACGGCUGGCUGCGGCCAUUGAACUGGCAUUGCGCCCGACGACCAAGACGAAGGCGGCUGCACUGGGCGACAAGAUCCGUGACGACAAGGACGGCGGCGGAGCCGUGAUUGGCGCCCAGUCGUUCCACAAGCACCUAAGCAGACCCCGGAUCCAUUGCCAGAUUCUACCCGACCGCUUGGCUGUGUGGCAGUACCGAAACAAGACGAAAACGACAACCGUGCGCCUGAGCGCCUUGGCGGCAGCCAUUCUUGUUCACGAAAACAAGCUGGCGUACUCGGAUCUAGCGCUGUUCCGCGCACAAGAGUACCAUAUUCAUACGGGCGACCAGCCGUGGGAGCCCAUUACAGGUGCCGGAUCAGCCAUCCUGGGUGAUCUGAGCAGCAUUGCCAUGGCCGUGGCCGAUUUCCCGCAGGAACUGUUCCGCAAGGCGAAGAAGGCAAACGAUGAUGGCGGAGACAAGGGGGCAGGGACUGACGGUGGGGCCACCACUGUGAAAGUGGACACGCCGUCGGCGACCGUCACACUUGACACGGCCAUGCAAGCCGGCCAGAGCAUCAGCCGCAUUGUGUCGACAGGCCUGCAAACGCCGCUGCACUUUUGCCUCGGACUCGCCCGUGGCUUCCACAAUGCGCCGCGUCUCUACCACGACGACACGGUCCGGGCGCUGCCGGGAGUCGGCACGGCCGGCGAUGAUGGUGGAAGAGGCGGCGCCGAGCCGGCGGUGGACGGCCUCGGCGGCGGCAUACGCGCGGCCAGCAAAGCCUUUGGCCUUGGCUUGUACGAUGGCGUCACGGGCCUCGUGACACAGCCGCUGCAGGGCGCCGAACAGAGUGGCGGCAAAGGGUUUGUCAAGGGUUUUGCCAAGGGCAUUGGUGGUGUCGUGUUCAAGCCGGCCGCGGGCGCAUGGUCGGUGCCGGCGUACACGAUGCAGGGCGUGCAAGCGGAAGUGCAAAAGCUGACGGGCGGCGUGGGUCCCGGUGUCGGGCCCAGCAAAAAGGAGAUGCAGGCACGGCGGAUGGCGGCACGCAAGCGGCAGAGCGAGGCAGAGUGGAAGGAGGCCAGUGUGGGCGACAAUCUCGGUGCAGAAUCACAAGCUGUGCUGGAGCGGUGGACGAAGGCAGAGGCUGGCGGUGACGACCGGCUGGACUGA